AUGUCUCGAGAUUCCCAUGUUUCCUUUAUCCACUUUCUUUAUGUAUAUGUAUCUGUGUUAUGCUCGGUACUCUUAUAUUACGGAAUGUCAUUCCACUACCUUAUUUCUUUCAUUUUCGACGGCGUUGAAGUUCAACCGCAAGGGGAAAAGAAAGAGCGCGACAUUGCUGCAAUACUACAUUUGACUGAAGGAUAUUUCUGUAGUACGUGGACGAGCCAUUCCUGA